AUGUCCGACCUACCAAGCAAAUCGGACGCUCACGCCGUUGACGAACAAGCAUAUGAGCGAGCUCAAGAAGUCAUCGCCGAAAAGCCAAAGAGGAAAUGGCAGAGCUACAUCUGGGACACUUUUGACAAGAGCCCCGAAGAGAGAAAGUUUCUGUUCAAGAUCGAUACUGCCUUGCUCACUCUUGCGUCUUUUGGCUACUUCAUCAAGUACCUAGACCAAUCCAACAUCAACAAUGCCUUCGUUUCUGGAAUGCAGGAAGAUCUCGGUCUAUACGGCAACCAGCUCAACUACAUGCAGACGUGCUGGACUGUCGGAUACGUUAUUGGUGAGAUCCCGUCGAAUAUAAUGCUCACCAAGAUACGGCCACGAUACUGGCUUCCCGCUCUCGAGUUGACAUGGACGAUCUUGACUUUUUCCACCUGCAGGGCCAACAGUGCCACCCAGCUAUACGUUAUUCGCUUCUUCGUUGGUCUUGCCGAGAGCGCUUUUUACCCUGGCAUGCAGUACAUCAUCGGCUCUUGGUACCGCAAAGACGAACUCGCAAAGAGAUCAUGCAUCUUCCACACGAGCAGUUCGAUCGCCACAAUGUUUUCAGGAUAUCUGAUGGCUGCGGUGUACCAUCUAGGAGGUGUUGGAGGCUUCAAAGGCUGGCAAUGGCUCUUCAUCGUCGACGGCAUAAUUUCUCUCCCGGUUUGCAUAGCAACCUUUUUCUUCCUGCCUGACGUCCCAGAGAUCUGCACGGCCUUCUACCUCUCCAAAGAAGAAAUCGCUUUCGCACAGAAGCGCAUGCAACUAGAAGGCCGUAAGAACCGGCAACCAUACACCCGCUCUAAAAUCUGGAAGAUCUUUUCCUCAUGGCAUAUUUACAUGUUGACUCUCCUCUAUAUCUUUUUCAACAACGGAACAUCAGCUUCACAGCCGACCUUCCAGCAGUUUUUGAAGAAGAGCAAGGAUCCCAAGUAUACGAUUACUCAGAUCAAUGCGUAUCCGACCACGACUAAUGCGGUCACUGUUUUCACGACGUUGGUUUAUGCGUGGACGAGCGAUGGGCUGUUCAAAGGAGCGAGAUGGCCGCCGAUGAUUUUCGGAGCGUGCAUGAAUAUCAUGUGCUAUGUUUCGCUUGCGAUCUGGGAUAUCCCUAUGGGAUGGAAGUGGACUUGUUAUGUGUUGAGUGGAUGCGGUGGCGGGUUGAGCGGGUUGAUCUUUGCCUGGGCCCACGAAAUCUGUUCACAAGACAACGAAGAACGCGCUAUCGUCUCAGCCACCAUGAACGAAAUGGCCUAUGUGGUUCAGGCAUGGCUACCUCUGUUGGUCUGGCAACAAGUCGACGCCCCUCGCUAUCACAAGGGUUUCAUCACUGUUACUUGCUUGUCUGUGUGCAUUAUCAUUACAGCACUUAGCACCAGGUUCUUGCACAACAGGGAGAUCAGACAGAGGGCCAAGAGUACCGAAGAGGAGCAUAUCGAGGGCGAAAUCGAUACUGGUGUUGAAACGCCGCCGCAGCAGGUUGUCGAGGUGCAGGCUGGUGGUAAGGCUUAUGUUUAG